AUGGAUGAUCCUGAGGGCGCUGGCCUUCCUUUACGGCGCCUCGACCAGGUUGCAUGGGCGUACGGCCGGUAUAAUCGUAUCUUUGAAGACCCAGACACUAUUCAGGAACGAAUUCCCAACACCGACUACCUCGACACCGGCAUCACCGCCAAGUCACCCUGGAUUAUCGAAGCGCCUUUGAACACAGUGCAAAUUAUCGAGGCUAUCUUGAAACCUAAGGAGCCCUUUCAAGUUUAUACUGCUCACCAUUUCCCCCGGGGAUGUGUAGCAGUUAGUGCCUAUCGGGGUAACAGAAAGCAGGAACUUUACCGAGAGUAUUGCCGCUUCCAAGGCCGUUUAGAAAGGGAUCGUCAAAUAAACUUCAUAAUGGUUACCGAUUAUGAUAUCUGGGCCAUUCGCGACGCUACAUGGGCGAUGUAUACACCGACUAUACUGAAUUAUAUUUCAAUUCCAUGGAGCUUUUGUGAGAGAAAGACUCUCGUAAAUCCUUGGGCUCUUGUUUUCCAUGGAAGAAACGACCCAGUCACACAGGAUUACCAGCACCGACUUGAGUUGUUGGUCGACAAGCUUGAUAUUGCCGGUCGCAGCAUUGAUUCACGAAGCUAUCUACGGCCUGGCACUAUCCCGCUUCCUGAGUGUAUCUGGGACUGGUUUGCUGGUAUCCCAGGCAAGGAGGAGGCUGCUCCUUAUUAUUGGCACGAAGAUGGUGCUUAUACCAUACAAGGGGAGAGCGCUAGGGAUACAGUGAUAUCUGAUUCAAGGUCAAAUGGGAUCAGCGAGAUUCUCAACUUCCUCAUUGUAUGGCUGCAGGCCGUCGAGACAUGUCGGCACCUAGGCAAAGCGAGCGAGCAAAAACUCCGAUCCUGA